AUGCAUGAAAAUGAUUUCAAUAUUCGUAUAGAAUCAUCGCUAUUCUAUAAUAUAUCGUCCAAUACUGAUGGUGGUGGUCUUUCCAUCACAAAAAAAUCUUUCAAAGUUUUAAUUUUUUCGUCAUGUUUCAAUAAAUGCUCCUCAUCUAACUUUGGAGGUGGCGUUUUUGUUAAUACAACUUAUACAAAGUGCUCCCAUUCGGUCUUUUUCAAUAAUAUUGCUUUAUCUUUUACAGCAAUUGGUAUUAUAUCAGAUAAUUCAACCAGUAGCUUAUUAUCAAUUUCGAAAAAUUCAAUAAAAUCUGAUUCAUUGCUUAGCCAUGGAUGGACCUAUGGAUUAACUUGUCAAGAAGCUCACUCACAAUACAUGAAUAGUUCAUACAAUAUCGCUAAUCAUAUAUGCUCAUAUUAUUCAUAUUAUAGCGGAAAUACUUAUUAUCGAUUUGUACAAGCUUAUAAUGAUGCUUCAGUAUUACAUCACGUGAUGAUUCAAGCAGCUUACGGUGGGCGUGCUGAAUAUUUUUAUUCUAAUUUUUUGAAUUGCACUUUGAAAGGUGAUUAUAAGCACCCAAAUAUUAGAGCAGCUGAAGGAUCAACAAUGCUUUUGGAAUAUUGCUAUGGAAAGAAUAUUAAGUCCGAUGCCAAUUCCUUUUCAAGUGAUGUCACAGUUCGAAACUCAUGUUUUGAUAGCUAUACAGGCAAUGCAAACAUUGAUUCGACAUCUUAUUGCACCAUGUACAAUAACUUCACGUUUGUUCCAUUCGAGAUUUCUGCAGACGAAUGUUACAAAUUAUUUUCAAAUGAAAUUAAAUAUAUAUCCGAUUAUAAAACAUUGAUGCAAUCUGCCAUUAUAUAUGCUACACCAAAUUAA